AAAGGGAUUUUAACUGAAAACAUUUUGUAAUAGUUAGGAUUACAUCUUUUAGCGUAUGGAUUUUAAAAAGCGGUAAAUUUGAUUGGCCGAUAAUAACAAAAGGUAAAGUGUGACACACGAAAGUUCGUGUCGGACAAAAGUUCAGGAUAAUCGUCGAUUUCUGACUGAUUUUCGCAAUAUUUGACGUGGAUAACUAUGUACAAUGUAGCUGAAUUGCUGAAGAAGUUGGAUACGUAAAAAUAUUACCACAACAUAAGAAGGAACGUCUGUGAAAUAAGAUUUUUUGACGAGUGCAACCUGUUCAAAAGUUCAAUUCAAGUGGAAUUUUGAAAUUAUUUUCAAAAAUGGUGUUUGUUUAGGAAACAAGUUCCUAUACCUCUUAAUGCUAAUGGAUUUACUCCCCACUCAACUUCAACAAAGGAUAUAACUACUUUCCAAGAAUCACUUUAGGAUUGUACAUCAAAAUUGAGAAUGGAUAUAUGAUCUACGCGUGAAAAAGACUUGAAAGUAAAGAAUACAACUUUCACAAUGUCUGGAGUCUCCAAUUUUAUGAAUUCUCCCCUUGUCACCUGGGUGGCCACAUUCAACCCAGGGGCAGAGGAGCUGACCUUCCAAGACUUGUGUGAUGGCCUCUACCUUUUGACAGUGUUCAAACAAAUUGAUCCCCGUGCUGCCACCGACAACAUUGUGCUGAAUGUGGAAGAUGUGAAGGAUCGGCUCAACAACUUUGACAUCCUCAUGAAGAACAUCAAGGCUUACUAUCAGGAUGUUCUCCAGCAGUACAUUGUCAUGAGGCUACCUAAUAUUGUCAGCAUCAGCAAGGAACCCGAUUCUGUUGAAUCUCUGGAUGAGCUAAAGAAGGUGCUUCUACUGGUGCUUGGUUGUGCUGUACAAUGUGAACGCAAGGAGACUAUUGUUGAGGGUAUUAAGGAACUGGAUGUACAAACACAGCAUGCCAUUGUAGAGAACAUCAAAGAGAUCACAGAUGACAAUAGAAAUGUAUGUGCAAUAGACUCAGAUAUGGCAGAUACUAAGGCCCUUUAUAACCAUCUCAGGAUACUGUCAUCCGAACGGGACAUGUAUAUCGACGAGAUCAAAGAGCUUACCCAAAACUUAGACUUGACUGCUAACAAGAUGCCCCUGUCCCCACCCAUCUCCCCAGACAAACACCACUUAGGAGUAGAACUUGCAGAGUGCAAGGCUAAACUAAGACGCCUCAGAAGUGAAGCGGAAGAUAAGGCUGAAAUGAUGGCUGAGAUGAAAGAUGAACUUGAAGAACACCGCAGCUCUCUCACUAAACUCCGCAGUGAAAACCUUGAACUUACCCAGGAUGCACGGGCAGCACGUGCCUACAGAGAUGAACUUGACGUCCUGAAAGAAAAAGCGACAAAGGUUGAUAAAUAUGAAAUGGAUAUUAAGAAAUACAAAGAGAAGAUCAAUGAACUUGAGUUCUUUAAGACACGUGUUGAGGAGCUACGGGAGGAUAACCGUAUCAUGUUGGAGACAAAGACUAUGUUGGAUGAGCAGCUUCAGAGCUCAUAUAAACGUAUUGAGACUGUGAUAGAGUUGGAGAAUGAACUGAUGAAGUAUAAACAGCAGCUGGAAGAGAUGAACCAGGAGAGGGAUGCAGACAGGCUGAGGAUACAAGAGUUGGUAGAGGAGAGAGCAAGCAUGGAGUUUAACAUCAGAAGUACUUUGAAUGAGAGUGCCCAUCUUGAAUCUGAACUACAUGAUGCUAAGAUACAAAAGCCUGCUGGUUCUAUAGCCGAACAAUUGAAUGACACUUCUAAUGCCAAACUAUUGAAACUGGAACUAGAAAACCAGAGACUCCAGAAGAACCUUGAUGAUCUUAAAGACAAUUCAAUCGUUGAGAACAAUGCUCAGUUACUAGAACUAGAGAAAGAAAAUCAAAGAUUAGCAAAGAAAGUGGAAAAAUUACAAAAUUCUUCCUCAAAGGAAACACAAAAUUUUGUCGCUUUAGAACAACAAAAUAUUGACUUAUCACGUGAUAAAGAGAACCUUCUUCAGACUAUGGAUACUAUAAAAGAAAGUGCCGAUCGCCAACUUAGGGAGUUUGAAAUUGAGAAUGAACAGUUACAACAAACCGUCCAAACACUACGUGAACGCAAUGAGAAAACUUUAGAUCUUCGUAUGAAAGAUAUUGAAAAGGAAAACAAACGAUUACAUGAGAAUGUUAGAGACAUGAGCAGCCAAAUGUCAAAGCUGGAAUUUGAUAAUAGGCAGCUCCAGAAACAACAGUACAAAUUGGAAAAUAAUGUUGAAAAAUUAAAAGAUCUAGAAAAUGAAAAUCAGAAAUUAGAUCGUGAAAAUAAUGAACUUCAUAAAACAGUGUCCACAUUAAGAUUAACAUGUGAAAGAGUAGAAGAGUUGGAACAAGAAAAUUCAGACUUUGAAGUACAAAAUCAUAAACUCGAUAAAAUGGUUGAAAACUUGAAAAAUUCCUUGAGGAAAAUGGAAAAUGUGGAAGAAGAAAAUAUUAAUCUGACAGUUGAAAAUCAGAAAUUGAAUCGAACAAUUGAAACUAUAAAAAGCUCAUCUGGGAAAGUUCUGGAACUUGAGAGUGAGAAACAAGCUCUGAAUCAUGAAAAUGAGCAAUUGAAGAAAAUGAUAGAACACUCAAAAAAGGAACAAGUUAAAUAUGCCAAGAUGGAAGUAGAAGUUAUAGAACUGGACAAUGAGAACCAGAAGCUAGCCAAAAACAUUGAAAUUGUUGAAAGGAAGGCCAAACAAUUAGAAAAAGAGAAUCAUGACAUUGAAAAUGAAAACCAGAAACUGCAAAAAAGUUAUGAAACUUUGAAGCAUUCAGUGCGAAAAUAUGAUGAGUUAGAACGCAGACAUACAGAACUAGAAAUUGAAUACAAUACAUUAAAUCGUGAUAUUGCAUCACUUGAAAAGGAAAAUAAACGGAAUAAACAAACACUUGAGGUGAAGGAUGCUAGCAUAGAUGAAUACAGUGCUCAUCUGGCUGAAUUUGAACGAGAAAAUAGGAACCUUAAGAAGACUCUUGAGAAGAGUAAAACAUCUGAUAAUAAGCUGAAAGAUGCUGAGAAGGACCAUAAAGAAUUACUCCAACAAUCUGCCAUAGACAAGAAAACUCUCACUACUCUCAGAGAGGAUCUUGUGAAUGAGAAAAUAAAGACCCAACAGCUGAACAACGACCUUGAUGCACUGAACUCUGAGUUGGACAAAAUGGGACUGAGCCGGCAACGUCUUAUAACUGCAGCUCAGGAAGAGGAUGAAAGUCGUUUUAAAGCCCUAGAGUCAAUGAUGGAAGAUGCCUUCAAAAAGAGUACCGAGCUAAAGGAGGAGAAAAUACAUGCACUUGAGAGCAGAUUGGAAGAGUCCAAAUCCCGCAAUACUGACCUACAGAAUGAGCUGCGUAUCGUGAAGAGAGAGUUUGAGAAACUCAAGCAGAGACAUGAUGAGGAGGUUAACAGCUUACGUCAAGAACACAGCUCCCUACAGAAGGCCCAACAGAGGAACAGAACCAGUAGUGUAGAACUGAGGGUCCAACCCAGCAUGAACAUUCCCCAUGCUCAACCCCAUACCAAUGCUACACACUCUACUACACAUGUUAUGCCUCAACCUGUACAGCAGAUCACACAUGUAUUGCCUCAACCUGUAGAACAGAUGCCAGCUAAGGAAAUACUGGCACUUAAGGACCAUCUUGUAGACUUGGAAAGAGAGAAUGCUACACUCCUAUCAGAGAACAAGAGCAUCAGGGGCCAGUUGCAGGAAUUGAAGCAGCAGAUCAGCACUUCGGGCUCUUCACAAACAACCCUCCAAUCCCAGGUGAUUACACUCUCAACACAGAAUGACUCACUACAAUCCCAGAAUGCCAAGCUUCAAGUUGAGAUGACAACUCUCCAAUCCCAGAGCUCCUCGCUGUCCUCCCAAAAUUCGCAUCUACAAGAGAGGUAUGAUAACCUGGAAGGAGAUCAUGAGCAGCUGAUUAUGAACCAUGAGGAGUUACAAGGAGCCCAUGAAUCACUUGUGUCUGACCACGAGGCCCUACAACAGUUACAUGAACAACUCACAGGGGAAUAUGAGGCUUUGAUAUCAGAACACGGAGGUCUGAAAUCCCUCCAUAAAUCUCUAAAACAGGAGUUCAAGGACUUACAGGAGGCCCAAGAGAAGUUAACAAGGAAUAACAACGAAGUGAAUAAACUAAGGGACCAACUUGAGGGAGAGAGACGUAGCAUGAAGACAGAGACCAAAUCAAUGGGAAAUAUGCAGACUGAGUACAAUCAACUCAAAGAUGAGAACUCACGUUUGAAGAGCUCUAAUGAUAAACUAAAUGGGGAGUAUAGGGAUCUCCUGAAAGAGCACAAGGGAGUUAAAUCUGAGUACAAUGGACUGAGAUUGAGGCAUACUGAGCUGCAGGGAGAUAUGGCAGAGUGCAAAGACCAACUUAACACAAUGGAUGUUGAGGUGGCAAAGAUGGCCAAUAAAUGUGAGGCUUUAGUGAACCUGAACACCAAGCUAGAGGAUGACAACCGUGCAUUAAUCAUGCAGGUCCAGGCUCUGCUCAACCAGAACCAGGAGUUGCUCUUGCAGACCCUUGAGUCCAAGGAUCAGUUCCAUGAGGAAGAAAUAGUUCUCAGAGACAAGCUUUCUGACCUGAAGAGACAGAAAGAGAAACUUGAAGAGAAGAUCAUGGACUCUUACAAGAACAUCACAUCCCCCAAGAAAAACAGAAGCUUUGGUUCAAAUCUUGUCAGGAAAGCUAGAGGCUUCAUAACAAAGCGCCGUAGAGACAGAAAGUCCAAUUUAGGUCUCAAUGGCAGCAUUGACAACCUACACCACAUUUCUGAUAGUUCUUCUAUGGGGUCUGCAGGGGACACUUAUGAUGGCGGAUUCAACAGGAGAAAACAAGAACGUGAAGACAGAGAAAACAGACGUCAGAGUUCUUCUGAAUUGAUUGAUUCUCCUAAACUCGCACGUCAAAGUCGCAAACUUGCUGCAUCAACUACAGCACUAAAUGUAAUCCAACGCAGCAUGGGAGAGGAGACUUUCAGUCUUAGAGCUGCUAAAUCUUCGGAAGAUCUAACAUUUGACUCUCCCCGCUCUAACAAGCUCACCCCCAGGACAUCUCGCAGUGAUGUCACAGGGUUCACAUUGUCCAGUACCCCAAGAGGAGCCAUGACAUCACGUAGUGAGGGUCACCAUGGUGAUGUAGACUCCCUGUCGUCAAGCAACACAUCACAACAACUGGACUACUCAGGAAGAAGUGUAGGGAGGGGCAACACUCCAGGGUCAAAUCAAAAACCGACCCCAGAUUUAUUGAAACGAGAAAAAGGUUUCCCACGUCAUAACAGUCAGAGCAGCGAAGACAACAUUCCAACUCGUGAUAUUGGUCCAGGUAUCAGCCAAUCACAUUCCAGGGAUUCCUCCAUUGACUCAUCAACCAAUAAGAUGAACUAUAGUCAACAUACGCCCCAGAAAACAACAAUAAAUAAUCGUAGCCAUGAGUUCUCCCCUGGCAGUGAGGUGAUAGAUCUACUCACAUUUCUCAAUGAGACUGAUCGGGAACCAGAUGAGCGGAAGAAGUUCCUGGACACAAAGAGUAAGAGCUCGAUGAAUCUGUCCCUCAGCUCAUCCCUUGGCACUACCCCUGUCUCCACCUACAACAAGGGCCCUGCCACCAGGAAUAUCUAUGAUGGACCUAGGGGAUAUGAGAGCCUUCCUCGUAAAACACGUCGUGCUCCACCUAUUCCAGUACAACGAUCUACAACUGUGAGUGAAUUCAACCACCCACCACAUGUCUCAAGAGUGAUUCAGCCAGCUAAGUCAGAUAUGGACAUCUCAAAGAUCUCACACGUGUCUGAAUUAAGCAUGCAUCCACACAACAAUAACAGCAACAAUAACUCACACAGGCAGGGCAGUCCCCAGGGGGCAGCACUGUCUCUCUCAAGCAGAAAUAUAUCGCCAAUAUUGAACAAUACUCGAGACCUGAAAACAUCCACUCCUAAGGUUAAUAAUGGAUCUCCAAACUAUACCGUGCGAUCCUGGGCUGAUCGUCAGAGAGAGCAAGGUAUUAUGGAGGCCCCAGAAAGUCCAGCUCGACCUGUGCGAGACUCUGUUAAUGAGUACAAUAGGAGAUCAAGUGUAGAGGAUGUAGGGGUCUCACCUCGUCUACGUUCUCAGCAUAGUAUAGACUCGGCCACUGAUACCUCUUUACGCAAUGGAGGCUCCCCUGUGCAGUAUACAAGGAGUCCUCGAAAAGAGACCCCUUCUGUUGAACGGGAAAGGUCAAACAGAUUGAACAAUGAACCUGAGGUGGAUCAGCAGUUUAGCACAAGUGUUAGUAAACUGACUAAGAACUUUGAGGAUAGUGUCCAAAAGUCACAAAGUAGUCCCGUUCCCCCACCUAGACGCCUGCGUGAUGGUAGGUCCCCUGCCCGCACCUUAGAGCACACUCCAAAUACAACCCCCAGAGACACUACUAACCCAUCCACCACACACAUAUCACGGAAAGAUGACACACCAAGAAGCCGGAGUGGGCGAUCAUCAACUCCGCCACGUCCAAAUAUGGACCAGAAAGACCCAAGCAAGCCAAAUUCAGUGUGGUAUGAAUAUGGUUGCGUGUAGCAUUCAUUUAAUUCAAACAUUUCGUAUAUUUGUGAUGAAUAAUCAAGGAAUGUAACUUCAUAAUGUUCCUUGGUGCCCAGCAAUGUUAAAUUGUCAUAGUUGUUCACUACAGUACUUCAUUAUAGUGCCUAUCACUAUAGUGCCUAACCAUAGUACCUUCAAUGGUACUGAAGUCUGGUACCUCACUAAAGUGCCUCAAUCUGGUGGCUGAAUAUGUUAAAUAAAUGAAUAGGUUGCAUUUAACAUUGAAUUCCAAAUAUGUAUACUGUAUGUAGCAUUGUGAGUAUUUUCUCUAUAAGUAAAUCAUUCAUUUUGGUAUCAGUUAUUCCCCCUAGACCUCUAGCAGAAAUGUCAACUGCUAUUAAUUCAGGAAAUUAAGUGUGGUGCCGUGGACCAGAUGUAAAAAUGUACAUAUAUGUAAAUUAGGCUUCAAUUUAUAUAAAGUAUUAUAAUGCUUUUCUAUAUAUAAUGCAAUUAAUGGUGGAGCAAUAGUUUUGUAGCAAAAGAUUACCAUGUAAGUUGUAUAUACAUGUGCAUGUACUAGACUAUAUGACAGUAAUACAAAGUUUGUAAAUAUUCCAAUUUGAUACAUGUGUACAUGUUAGGAGAUUACAGUUAAGAGGAAUUUGGAUAAUUUACCCAGGACAUAUGUUUUGUAUGGCUAGUAAAAGUUAAUGAUGGUCAACUUGAAACAAUUAAAAAUCACCUCAAUACACCAAAUGUACAUAAACCAAAUGCAUAGUGAAGAGAUAAGGAAACUAUUUGUUGAUACUCUUGAUAUAUCUACAUGUAGUUUCAUUAUUCACUGGUGUCUCACGCAAUCUUAUGAUUUCUCGAGUUAUAGUAUAAACCUAAAUUGAAGUCUUGUAUUUCACCCUUGAUCUCCCCCCUCCUCAUUUCCCAUAUACACUGUUUGGGAAACAGUUAGUGUGAUGAGUGGGAGGGGGUAGAUACUUGUUGCAAGACUGAACUCUGAAUUGAGAAAAACUUGAAACAAUAACAAUUAAAACGGAACCUAAGUCCCUGAUGUUGAUGAUACGCUAGAGAUUAGAUGCUUAUAACAAAAUGUACAUUCCAUUUUAGAAUUAGACAUGCAAUAUUUAUGUUAUUAUGUCAGUGUGCCAGAUGUGUUUUAAUGUGUUAAGUACCAGGGAGAUGAUCAUAUGUGACUGAGUUAUUGAAUAUUGGAAGUGAUGGAAAACUUCAUUCAUACACUAGUUUCAGAUCUUAAUUGUGAUUUAGUAUUUGUUUAGACGAAGAACUUUAUUGUACAAUGUACAUAUAUGAUAAAUGUAAUAUUAGUCCCCUAUGUAUGAAUAUGUCUCAUAUCCUGACUCAUUUGUUCAUUAUUUCUUUAUUUGCCAGUGAUUAUCUAAAAAUAAUUCUGACAUUGAGUCAUAUUAUUGUUUGGAAUCGUUCUAAUGGUAAACAUUCCCAUGAGAAAAUUCUACAGCACAUGUCUCCUAAAGUAAUAUUCUCUUUGUAAUAUGUAAGUAAAGUCUGAAAGUGUAAGUUAUCUCUAUGAAGCCAAGACAUCCGAUACAUGGUCCAAUUAAACAAUUACACAUACGUGUACACACGUAAUAUGCUGAGAUACCUGCUCCUCAAGAUAAUCAGGCUUGACACUGUAAAAAUGUUACCAGAAUGAGAUUGUAAUGUGGCCAUGCUGAUGUUUUAAAGAAUUACUCAAAAUUGUGUCUGGAAUUUCUAAAUUAUGGGCUUAUAUUAUAUUCACUCUAUUUGAUAUUUUUUGUAUUUCUAGGUAGGGUUUACAUUCUAUAUACUUUUAUCUUGCAAUGCAGUCAAUAUAUACACUUUAUGGCAAAUUAACAGUGAUUGCGGAUUUUUCAGGGGAGGGGGUUAAGUCAAAACAUUUUAAGCCCACAAUUAAAUAUGCCUAUUUAGCCAGUGUUUAUUGACCUGAUCCCUACAUUAUAUCAAGAUGAUAUUAAUCCAUCCAUAGUCUGGGCAGUAUUGUUCAUAGCAUAUGUAAUGUGGCAUUGUGUCAUAAUAUCAGACCGAAUGAAGGGUAAAUUGUUUUAUGUAAAAAACAUUCCAGUAAAGUAAAGUACAUAUGUAGACGUAUUAUGUUGAAAAUUGUCUUGUUAGUUGAUAUAAGCAGUGUGUAAAUUGAAACUUCCCAAGAACAGCACUCUGGACACCCUGUAUGCAAACCCCACCUUAUUGUAUUUUAUUAGAGAAACAUAUGUAAAAGUACUCAUUUUGUAUUAAGCUUUUAUAGACUAAACUAAGAUCUCUGUCAUUAUAAUGUAUAAGUAUAUUCGAAUAUUGUGUAUUAGUACCAAGCUUGAUUGUUUUGUUAUUAAAUUAUUUGUGACUAUUUAUAUGAAUUUAAGAAGUUUCGGGAUGACAACUUUUCAUCUCAACUUUUCAGUAAAUACUCUAAACUCAUAAGUAGCUCUGUCGUGAGCCUUGGAUGUAAUUCUUUUCAAAAGAUACAACCUUGCUUACAGUUAUUGUGUCUUUGUAUAUAAUGUAUUUCCACAACAUUAAAUUCCUUUGACAGCCUGGGAUUAUGAUAUCAAUACCAAAAUUGCCAGUAACAUUGAUGUUUCUAGAGACUGUGCGGUUGUAAACAUCCUUCAACCCUGUCAACAGGAACUCAUAACUUUUUUUUAUUAUUGCCUAAUUAAAAGAAUUGUAUCGCAAUUUUCAACCAGUAUCAGUUUUUUGACAAAAUAACAAAUAAGAUAUUUUCCAAUCAAUCAGGCUGUCCCAGGUUUACUCUGUUGAAUACUGUAUUUUUUUUAAUUUGGCACCAUCUUUGAUUUGGUAAAUUUUAAUUAAAUCUUCACCAAAUCUCCAGGAACAAUAGUGUUAACUGUAAUAUAUAAUACCAUAAUUGAAAUCCAGCUUGCCCUUGAGUUAUAGCGUAUGUUCUUAUAUUUUCAUUGUACCAUUUGGGCCAUCUAUACAUUGGUAUGUUACUGAUUGGCUGAAAGUAAGGACCUGAUUUUGUGUUUCUUAAUAACAGUAACACUAAGAGUAUCUUCCAAAAUUAAAAGGUAUCAAUAUAAGCAAUAUGACCCCCCCAAAAAUUAAACAAAUACAGUAAUCGAUGGAAUGAAGUUUACUUUUAGUAAGGUGAUCUUUCUCACUCGCACUUUGACCCGGACUCAUGCUUGGGUCAAAUGCAUGGAGACUAAAUGAUUAUUAUUAUUAUAUGUAUGUAUUAUAGAAGCUUUUUAGACAAAGUGCUUUGUCCCUUGUACAAACAUUAUGUCAUGUACAAUUGUACUUGUCAGCUGUAGUUUUGUAAAAUAAAUACUUUCAGCAAAAUAA